AUGGAUCUUAGGAGACUGAAAAAACUGCAGGCCCUCGUGCAUUUAUACAGACAGGAUCCAGACCUCCUGAGGGCUAAGCAGCUAAGUUUACUGUGUGACAAUGUGAAGAUCAUAGGAGAUCCUAUAUCACUUCUUCAGUACAAUACCUCUAUAGAGAAGACAUCCAAGAAGGAGGAGGAAUCACCAGAGGCAGCUGAGAGUGAUUUGGAAAUUGAGGAUGAUGGUGUUAUUGAACCAGAUCUGGAUGAUCCCCAAGAAAUGGGAGAUGAAUAUUUGGAAAAAACAAACAAGAUGAUAGACCAGACCAAUGAAAAGAGGGAACACACCUUUGCCUCCCUGAAUGAAGGUGAAUUUCAGAAAGCCAUUGACCUGUUCACAGAUGCUGUCAGGCUGAAUCCUCACUUCAAUCUCUUGUACGUUAACCGAGCCAGUGUUUUUGUGAAACUGCAGAAGCCGAAUGCUGCCAUUAGAGACUGUGACAGAGCCUGUGAGCUUAACCCCAGUUCAGCGGAAACGUGUUGUAUGUCUUUACCGCCAAGGGGGGAGCUGGGAAGGAGCAGCAACUUUAAAGCACUGCCACGGCAGUGCUUUAAGGACAGUCCUUUGCUGUGGCAGCAUUUUAAGGAUCCUCAAAGCGCUGCCAUGGAAAAGAACCGUCCUGAAAGUGCUGCCCCUUCCCCCCUCCAUCCCCAACGGUGGCCCUGCUGGUAG